CUGCGUGAGAUAGAGAUAGGUGACAUUCAUGCAUCCCUUGUCCUUUUUCUUAUGGAUAUCUCCUCCAGGGAGAGGUCGUAAGGGUCCGAGUGAUGCGGAUAAGAGGUACAACAACAGAUCGAAACUGUAUCGCGACAAGCUGUCGGCUCUCGACUGGGUCGGAGUGACCGGCGAGCCCGGGUGUGGUGCUGCUGUGUUUUUGACGGAGGACGAAGGGGCGACCUGGUACUGUUGUGGUGGCAUCAUCAGGUCUGAAAUUGAAAAGGCCACGGCGGAGAAGGGCAACGUCGACGAGCGAGACUUAAGGAAGUUCUUCCUCACUUCAGUGUAUGAUGAACAGGGUGCCCACUUGGUCAAGACUGACCACAAGGUCAGCCUCGACCUUGCUCUGUUCAAGGGGUAUGGUCAGAAGACAUUCGCUAUGAAAGCCUUCGGCGGCAAGGGAGAUGGGAAUGAGUUUAGAAUGCUCUUACCCGUUGAAUUCCUCAGCAAGACCAACGGGUAUAGGAAAAGUGGUCAAUUCCCGACGGUCACCGCUGGUCACCAACUCAUGAUGCCUCUUGUGUCGUUCGACACUCCUGUCGAAAGUCUCGCAGGCUUAUCGACGUGCUCUAGCGAUCGGCGGCAGGUUGUGUCGACAACGCAACAACCUAUUGGCGGGAAACAGAAAGUCAUUACUUACUCAAGGCGUUCAGCGGGUGGGUCAUCAGCGACGAUCCCGAAGACGAUGGAGCUCGCCGGACGUCCUUCGAAUCUUCCAAAAGGUUCUCGUGCUAUUGCCAGCUCACGCUCGCGGGACACCCCGCAACAUGAAAUGGACGAGGAGUCGGACGAAGAAACGGAGGAAGACGAACGGGUUCGUAAAUUGGAUUUGCGGCUCUUCGCAACACCUGGGCACAUCCGGGGCGAAGGCUCUUGCGAUGUGAAUGUGGGGCGGGAAGCUGGUGGAGGUGGCGAAGCCCGGCUGGGGGCGAUGGAGAAUAUGACGAAGAUGAAGGCGAGUGUCGUAGUGGCGCGCGGCGACAAAACAGUUGCGGCGAGUGGUGGGGUGGAAUAUGGCAGUCAGGGUGGUUCAGAAAUGGAAGACGGCGAAUUGGAAGACAAAGGAGGAGAUGCCGGUAUUUCCGCGGGGCUGACUUCCAAGAGGGGGGGAAAACGCACAGCGGAAGAGUCACCGACGCCAGCUGCGCCUAAGAAGCAGGCUCAAAGGAAAUCUGUGGACCAAGCUCGGGUCGCCUUGGAUGCAUCUCAAGAAACGCUUGGUGAACCCGAUGUGAACCGCAAAUCAAGUGCUCGGAUUCGCAAAACGUCACAACCCAAGAAUCUCGUGCGGUCGUCAAGGCGCCAAAAAUCAGACGACUCCAGCGACGAUGCUCAAGGGGUGGCCCCUCGCUUGCUCUCCCUCCCUGACGACGUUGAACAGGAGACGAAGAAACCCAGUGCGGUCAACAUGACGCAAUGCUACUUCCUCGAGUACGAUGAGGAAGGCAAAAAGAGAAGAGACCCGCCGAGAGUGGUAAUUGACGUUAUGCAAAUCCUUCGAAUUCCGGAGGGAGAUAUCGCCUUUAAUCGGCGAUCGCUGAACAUGGCCAUCCUUGCAGGCCUCGAUGCGGCUAUCGAGUCGUCGACUGGCCCAAGGGCCGAGGAUGAUCCUGCUCGGUGGGAACCGCCAGAGUUGGUGUUGGCUUCGAUUUCGCCAUGGAAGGAUGAUCCGGACAGGCAAGGGACACGAGUCCUUCCAAAGGACUUUGAUCCCGAUAGGGCAGACAAGUACUUCUAUUACCCGGUUGCCGGCCAGCAUACUUCCGAAGCCAUGAAAAGAGCAGUGGCAAGGAAUUCCGCAGCAGUGGACGUGUUCGACUUUCGAAAUUAUGACCGUGGGAAGAAGGAGGUGUUCCACUGCAUUCCGGCUAAGGACGGGGGACCAAACGCAACAGUGUCCUUCAAAGAUCUCGUUCCGUCAAACUUCAAAUGUUUUAGGGAUAUGACAGCACGAGAAAAGGAAAUCGCUUUGCGUUUGAUGAUCAAUAAGAAAGUCAUCGCCACAACUAGACUGGUUCCUCCUAAGAAGAUGAACAUGACGAACCUCCUCGACAUCAUAAUGCGCGAGAGAUACAUGACGCGUUUGUUCAACUACAUCGUCUUCAAAUCGGAGAACAGAGAGGUGAAUGAGUGGAAGGAGGGGUUUUUCUUCGACUAUGAUAAAAUGGAGCAAAGGUUUGGCAUAAAUGCAGGCGAAUGGGAUGAGGAAAGGGAUAGGAUCCCUUUGGAAUAUGUCCGGAGGGUUCCGAAAAGACUCGGCGGAGAGCAAGAACAAAAAGAUCUGAAAGGAGCUGGUCUAAAGGCCGCGGAGGCGUUGUACAGGGACGCGUCAUUCCAUUUCAAGUACUUUGUGUACCACGCCAUAGGGAAAGUGGACUUGCUGACAGCCGAGUUGCGACGGUUGAAGAACGUUGCGCUUCAUCUGUGUUGGGAGAAGAAAAGGCGACGGUCGACAUUAUUGUUGGUCAACAUGCACCCGAAAGAGUUGCUGCCCGCGGCCGACGAAAUUGUGACAGCAGCCACGAACUUGAAUUGCACGGCCGCCAUCCUCGAUCUCGCAAACCCGAAGGACUGCCUUGCAUGGGCGCCGACCGAUUUCGAUGCUCUGCACAUAAUGAUGUCGAAAUUGUGCGGCAAUAAUUGGAUAUUGAUUGUUUUUGCCCCACAAAGACAACAGAAGAUCGUCAUGCGACAGCUUUACAACUGGGACGACGUAGAGGUGAUAACUGGAACUUGGAAGCGUUAUCUUGGGGUCGGGACGACUGUCAGCAAAUACGAAAACUUGCAAGUCGAUUACAAGAACACGAUGGCGAUCGUCCUGCAUGCCGAGGGCGGCGACCUCAAGAAGGUCACGAGGAUCCCUAAGUCGGAGGCGGAGCUAGUGGAGCUCAACGUUGAGGAAGACAAGUCCAAGAGGUGCACAGCAAAGCAUGGCGGCGACGAAGGAAACGAACGAGAGGAAUAUGGGCGGUGGGAACGACAUUCGACACUGUUGCAAAAGUUAUGUAGUUCGUUUCUGCACGAGGAUCAGGGGGUGAUACUUAUCGGAAAGCCGCAUGCUGGACUUGUGUGGAAGCUUCUACGCGCAUGCUAUCAUGUUUUUGCAUGUGACGCGUCAUCCAAAGACAUCUCGUACUGUAGGAACGCAAUCGACAUUCUUGGGAAGGACACGAGAAACGAUUGCACGGUUGAGAGGAAGAAGACUGCGCAUCGUCCGGACAGAGAUAUGUACCACAAGCUGGGCAAGAAGGGAAACAAGAUGUGGGACUAUCUGUUCCAAGGGCAACCCAAGUCGCCAUUCGAGCAUGACUACAUAGUUCGCAAAGCGAUGGCACAGGAAGCAUAUGGUGGUUACCACAAAGCGCAGGUGGGUGCGUUUGUGAUGUUUGUGGCGCGAUGCGAGCAACUGAAGUUCACGACAAAUCGGACAAUGCUGACAUACAAUGACUACAGUAACCUCGCCAAGACAACAGAUGCAUGGUGUCCGAUCGAGAGCGACGAGGAGACUGAAACCUCGGACCUCGAUAUCGAAGAGCGAGUGAAACGUUCGCGAGAUGGAAUGCAAAGUGUGCCUGCAUGCAGCGUGCAGAACGAAAAUCCAGAACAAGGUCCCACGAACUCGGGAGGUGCGAGCAGUCCUGGGCGUGAUGGAAGGUCUCCAUAUGGAGGAAACACGGACCACGACAUGCUGGCAGAUGCUGACGAAGAUGACUUGGUUGUUCCAGAUCCAUCCCCGAAGCUAAUGCCUGGUGAUGAUAUACCCGAUUGCAUUGUUCAGGAAAGUGCACAACCGUAUUUCAUUCAUGACAAGGUGCCAGAAACAACAUCUGAGAAGUGGGGGUAUCACAUUUUGUGGCAUACGGACGUGUUUGAGCCGUGCGUCUUCAAGGGGGAGUGGAUGAUGGCACAGCAUCUAUCAUCGGGAUGGAAAACCAAACCCAGACUUGCAGAAGAACCGUGGCUGAAAGUGGCGAGGAGUGAAAUCGUCUUUCGUGUCCAGUGCGAAAACGAUGGGGUGGACGAGGCGGCUAUUGAGGAGAAGGCUCGACUGUUGUUCGAUUCUUUGCGCUCAGCCAAUCGACUGGAAUAUAAACCCAGAUUCUAUGACUUGCCGUCACAUCGGUCAUACAACACCAUCGAUUGGAAGAUCGAACUUCCUCAUACGUGCCAAGGCAUCGAGACAAUGCGGUUGGGAUGCUCACAGCUUGGGGAGCAGUCGACAACGGAGUUUGCUGCCAGUGUUGGGGAAGCAAUGAGCCAAACUGUUGUCAAGAUGAUGGGGGUGGACAAGGGAACACAGAAUGUCAAUGAAGACAAAUCGAACGUUGGAACGUACGGGCAUUCUCUAAUAACUCAAACGGGAAACCAGAGUGAAUCGUAGAUGAAGAGUACCAAUCCUUCAGCGAACAUGGCGGUCGCAGAUGAAAUGCAACAAGGUGGGCAUACAGAACAUGCGAGUGAGGCGCAAGAAAAUUCCAAUGAAAUGAUGAAAUUGUUGAUUGACGCGGAGAAUGAGGGGAAGAGGAAAAUUGGGGGAUCAACCACGUCACAGACUGUAAUUAAUUGUAUUUCAUUCAGCGAUGAAGGGCAAGAAAUAUAUGUAGAGGGGUACAAUGACGUUGAGGAUGCAAGGGACAAUGGCGAUGAACAAAAGGGAUUGAAUGAC